GCCAGGCCCAAACAGGACCUAGCAUCGCACCGCUACAUCCGCCGCUGUGACCUCACCGUUCUCCAUUGAACUCUCGCCUCCAAUCCGUCAUCAUGGUCGUCUACUACCAGAUCGCCGGCAAGCAGAUCGGCUCCCACGUCCUCGCCAUGGGCGUUCUAGGUGCUCUCUUCGGUGGUGUUGGUCUCGCUACCCGUGGUGGCAGUCAGCCCAAGCCUGCCGCCCCUCCCAUCCAGGCUUCCUCCAAGGAUGAGGAGACCUUCAUUCAGGACUUCCUGAAACAGAUGAACGGAGAGGACAAAAAGAAGGACCAUUAGAAUACCGCUUUAAUACGGGAAUGAGUCGAGGACUAUGAAAUGAAUAUGCUCGAAAAAUGGGUCAUUGGCCGGAUUGAUCUUGAUUCUCCGUGACGGGUCGAGCAAUGUCCUUGAAAUCUUGCCCUGCUGGAACGGCCUGGCGGUUCCAGGGAGGUGUGAAUCUGUACAUAUAGAGUAUACACCCUGAACGUUUGUUCUCCAACUUGCACUUGCCGGUGUGGAAGAGAAUGAUAGACGAAUCUGUAGGCGAUGAUAGAUGGGUGUAGAAAAGUAUGUA